GCUGCCCCUGAGCCCUCACAAUGGUAGUGGCCACCGGCACGAGGUGAGUAUUGUCCUUGAAAGGAACAGGUGAGUGCGAGAGUUAAAGCCCCUUGUAGGUUCCGGUGGCCUCCUCCUGGCUCUCCAGCUCUCCUGUGCUUGGUCACCUUGGGGCUCAGGACCCAGCUGGACCUGGACCUGGACUCAGAUCCCACUCUAUCAGUCCACGCACUGCUUACCCCAGGACACUCAGUGAUCCCCUGAGUGCUCCGCCACGAGGGAUUCGGUGAUGGCCACCUCCUCGCUUCCCUGUACUCACAGUCUUGAGCCCCGCGUCACCUGCGCUGCAAUUCCCUGUCUCCGUUCCUCAUUCCUCUCCUCCUCUGGCUGUGGGUAUCCGCCUGUCCUCCUCUAGCAAGCACACAGUCUCCCUUUCUAUGGAGAACGGAGUAGGACAGGUGCUGGCAGGUAGGAUUGCACAUGGGUGGGCUCAGGCAAGGAGGAGGCUUUGGAUACCCCCAAGUAGGCAACUGGUCCUUUCCUGUGAACCGUCGUGAGGAAGCCCACAGGCUGGGCUGGGCAUAGCUCAUGGAGGAGUGCUUGCCUGGCAUGUGUGAAGCUGUGGGUUUGAGCCAUGGUACCAUUUUUUAAAGGAAAGAAGCUGUUAGUGCUUUUCUUGCUCCAUUGGUAUAAACAAGCAGGGUGAAGAUAUUUCAGCUGCUGACACCAGCAAGGAUGCCCCUUCACAGGCACCUGUGGGGGCUGCUCUGCCGUGCAGAGGGCUGGGACUAGUGCCCAGGAGAAGCCCUGGCCAGUGACGCUGGGUGCCGUGACUCUGGCCUCAAGUCACUGUACUGGAUCUGCUCCUGGGGACAGCAGUGGUACAAUGGGACCAUAGUUACAUCCAGUGACCUCUGACCAUCCCUCUGGUGCUAUUUCCUACAGAAGCCAAGCACCCUGACCAUGAAGAGCCUCAUCUCCAAGCUGAACCCCCUGGUUGGUCUGGAGUUGGGGACCCCAUGGCUAUCAGGAGAGGCUGGCAGCCCAGCCCUGAGUGCCCAGGCCCUCAAGGAGAUGGCCCUGGGCACCAAGAGCAUUGCCCGAAUCGCAGCCAGCCGGCGCUCUAAGGCACAGGACCGGGAGGGCAGCAGCAGUGGCUCCUCCCGACAUCUCUUGGAGGAGGCAGGCCUGGACUCCAGGGACCCAAAGCCCAGCGCCACCCCAGCCCCCAGCCCUGCAGACAGGAGGUGGCUCCCUGCCAGGAAGGUCAGGAGGAAGCGAUCGCCCUCCGUCACCUGCAGCAUGCGACCGGUGACUGAGAAACCUCCCCUCUCUGUGGAGCAUUUGUCUGAGAGCCAGUUGCCCCCUGGACACUUCCAGCCAUCAAAGUCAUCAGGAAAGAGCUUUUUCCCAGCUGUCCCUGCGGCCUCCAAGAUAAAACCCACCCUCAGUUUCCACACAGAUGAAGCCACACUGCAUGUUCCAGAAGUCAGCUUCACCUUUCCCAGCCCCACAUGGCAGAAUGGUGCAGGCCCCAUCCGGGCAGCUCUCCUGCCCCGGGACCUCCGAGGGUCUGCAGACAGCGGAGGCCAACACCGCAGCCCACUGCGCCCCAGCAACCCCGUGGGUGCCCGGGUGGCAAUGCCAAGAGGCCACGGAGACCGAGAUGGUUGGUGGCUGGUGGAGCAGGCAUCCCGGGGGCCAGGAGCCGACCCUGUCCCAAGGCUGGAUGGGCGAGGGGCUAUGGCCAGGGCACACGGGGCAGCCCUCACACCACCCCAGGGCCGCCUCACCUCCUAGAGGUCGGCGCCGUGCCGUGGAGACCCAGCCCUGCCUAUGGACCCUCCCAGGAAGCCCCGGCCUUUCUGGGGUCCCCCCCACUGAAGACGCCCUUCCAGGACCACCCCACUUCCAGGGCCUGCUCUAGGAGGGUGCUGUCUGGGGUUGAGGGUUGCUCCAGCCCUUAGGCCCGGGCCGCAGAGGCCCUGGGGCUGCCCGAGGGGCCACAGGCAGGUGGUGGGGUUCCCCAGUUUGGAGGUGUGCAAGCAGGUGAGCCCUGGUGUUAAGAGUGAGCAUCAGGUGGCAGCAGUUUUUCUCCGGCUCCUUCCAAGAACAGAUCUUACUACGGAAGGCUGGAGACCUACAUCCCACUCUGGCUCUCCUUCCUGUGCUUUUGCUUGGGUUAGUGUCUUAUCCCACUCAGCUUCUGUACGAAAACACUGUGGCUGGGUGGCUUAGGGACCACAGACAUUGGUUUCUCUCAGCUUGGAAGCUGGGAAGUCUGAAAUCAGGGUCCCAGCCUGAAUGGGCUCCAGUAGGGUCUGCUUCUGGGUUGCAGACUGCUGACCCUGUGCUGUGUCCCUGCUGCUUUUAUGGGGGACAUUAUUUCCAUUCAAGAGGACUGCACCUUGCUAACGUAACUGCCCUGGGCGCACCCUUUUAAUACUAUCACUUUGAGAUUAGGUUUCACCAGGCAAAUUUGGGAAGACACAAGCAUUUCACCCACUGUGAUUGUUCUGUGGAUACUUCCCAUUCUUGGGUACAGCCAGCCCAGGGGUUCCCUCCUGGAGGUUCCCAAGCUUCCUGUCCACACCCCCAGGGUAAUCUUCAGCACAUGGAACAGGAGGCCCUUGAAAGCCCCUCAGCCAGGGCCCACCUCCUCCCCAUCUUGGCCUUUGGGGACCCACAUGGGACUGACCCUGAGUCCCCUUGCCUUCUUGCUGGGGGCUCCAGCUGCCUCCAGAGUAAAAUGUAGCCCCAUAGCAUGUGGCUGCAUCAGCCACUAGCAGGGUAAAGCAGGUGCAGAGAUGAGGGUCAGUGGCCAAAGUUUAGAGCCUUACAGAGGUAGGAGGGCCAGCCCAAGGUUGGCUGCUGAGUGAUGGCCUCAAGCCCAGGCCUGGCUUCCUGAGACUUUGUUACCCCACCAUGCCUUCAGGACACUGGAGACAAGCACUGCAGAGCUGCAUGUAGGGCCAGGGUGCGGAGCAAUGGGUGCAUCAUUAAUGGGGGCUCUGUCCAUUCUCCUGUCCUGGAAAGGUGGUGCAUCUCCAAUUUGCACACCUCUUCUUUCUCUCUCUUUUACCCUAUUGGUGCCCAUAGCAACUGGAGCCCAGGAGUCGUUGGCUCUCCCAGCUUCCUCUGUCAGUGGGAGCUGAGGAUUCUUAGCCUAUCUCUUGCCCAAGCCACAGUUAUUUCUACUUUUCCUCUGUUGCAACCCUGGUUAUGAAAGCAGAGGCUGUUGUAGCUGUUAGGGGACAUGGAAAUACCUCAAACUGAAACACAAACUGAGGAGCUGGGGGUGCAAGCUCAGUAGUGGAGUGCUUGCCUCACAUGUGGGUUGGGGGUGUCUGGCUGAGCCAGACUGUGGCCGCCCCUGGGGAGGUCACACCUUGCUCAGAGGUCGGUGGGGGCACUAAAGGUGAGGGAUGCAGCCAGCUGGGCAGGACUUAAAGGCGUCUGGAGGAGAAGACCUUCACCACCAUGGCCACCACCAGGGCAGAGUUGGCCCUGACCCCACCAAGGCAGCCACUCAGCUGUCAUACAGCCCUGGCUCUGGAGCCCCAAUCUGAAUGCUGGUCCUGACUCUGUCACUGACAGAGUGUACUGGCAGCCAUGUACCGUCCCUAGUUGGUUGACUUC